AUGGCGAUUCACGUGACAGAAUAUUGGGCCUCCGAUUAUUUCUCCAAGCUUGAACCUUUUGUGGGCCGUUCGGAGCUUGUGGAGAAGCGGUCUGUGAUGGAGGAAUCUUUUUUAGGAGAGGCUGGGGUGGUUUGGGAGUCGGGGAGUUGGGAGUCCGGGACCCCAACAGGGAACAAUGAUGGGAAUCGAUAA